AAGGAACGUACACAGAUGUGUAGAGCAUGCGUCUAUUUUAGUGUGAAUGCAAGCUGAGUGGCCACUUUAUAUUUAUGUCAACAUAAUCGCACUUUAGGGUGCAAAUCUGUGUCCGUUUCAGCUCCGCAGAUGCUGCAUGAGAUGAGUCCAGGGGGAGAGUGAGAGAAGGGAACAUGACUGAAGCCAAGCAUGCACUGAGUGGUUGGGUUUGUGUGCAACAACAACCUCUGCAUGUGGAAUGAGUUUUAGACAGGAAGUAAAGAGGAGGAGAAGAUGAAGCACUGGUGCAAAAGGAGUACUCUUCACACUAGUGCUAUGUCAACAACAGAGGGACGAGGUUUUUUGUGUUUAAAUGCGCAAUUAGAAUGCCAAUGUAUUAUUUGCCACAGUACAUGGUUAGGUAUGAUUGGUGUGUGCUCGAGAAAGGUUGGGGACUGCAAGAAAGGGAUUGGAUGUGCUUGAUAGUAGGGAGUGGCUAGAACGUGAACGUUUGCUCCUGCCUUUUGCUUCGGCGGCUGUUCGGGACAGCUAUCGAGGAGACGUGGUAUUGAGACAUUGCGCAUGCUGAGCGCACAGCAUCUAAGCGUGUGAGAGAGGACAAGAAAAAGAGUUAGGGAGGGUGAGCUAGUGAAUAGAGCGAGAGGGAGCUUCAGGCAGAAAGACUGGACCAGCGUUCAAACACUGCAGUCUUUCUUUUGCUUCUGUGAAGAAACUCUCCCUCUUUCCACUGCCUUUCUCGCCGGACGUCUCCAUCUCCAUGCCCACCUAAAGAGGAGGAGGCAGAUGCUCUGUAGCGCAGGAGGGAGGGACCAGAAGACAGGACACUUUGCCUUACUAAUGAGACUCUGGAAAUGAAUUAAGCACCGUUGUGAGAUGCAAGAAGAGAAUAUGAGGGAGUUAAAGAAGAUGACUUGAUUGUUUGGGUAGGGAGGAGAGAGGACAAGCCACUAGACACUUUUCGGGUAGAGUUGGCAAGUUAGGACAGAGAUAAAAGAGGAGUGGAGCAGGUUAGGGAUUUCAGUGCACAAAGAUUACCUCGCUCAUACGCAUCCUCUUCAUCCUUUUGUGCUUGUUAAUGUUCCAUUCGCACUCCCGCGUGCAUCUUUCUCUUCUCACUGCAUGUAAGCCAAAUUACGUCUCUCACACACGCAGUGCUGAGCUCUGAGUCACAGUUUGAGCGCAUGUUUGAGAAGUUGCGGCGGGAACCUGAUCAGCAACUUCUCAUGAGAUACGGUAGGACAUUUCUUUAUCAUCCAGAGCACCCAACGCAACUGGGCUUGAGAGGAUGGAGGAUUUCAAACCCCUCCAAUCAGCUGCCUGAUGAAACGGAUCCGCGAUGCACCUGCUAACCGUCUUAUCUGCCAGGGCACGACACCUGCGUUUGAGGGAUUAGAGGUGGGGAAACAAGGAUGGUCAGAUGUGUGCGGUUGGAUUAUGUCCUAAACACACAAGAAUUACACAGGUGUUGUGGAAGGAUUAUGCAAACUCUCCAGCUGCAUGCAGUGACAUUAUAGGCUUUAGGAAUCAGGUGAAUGACAGAGUAUUAUCUCUAACAGAUUAAUUCUUAUCAAGCUAUGACUUUUGGGAUAUAAUUUAAUCACCUGCUCCAGGAUUUGAACGUGUUCAAAUUAAAAUUUGAGGUAAACUGAGGAUAGGUGAAAACACUUGCCCGCAGCAUCAACCAUCAAUGACUUUGACUCCCUGAACUUUGCACAGUACUGACACAUUCACUGCUAAAAAACUUUAAUAUGAGACGUUCAAGCACGGAUGAGACGCCGUACCGGCGCAGUCCAUCUCUGGACAGCAAACCUGACACGCCGCCGUUUACCUCUGGCUUCCAUCGCUUCAGUGGAGAGUUUGAGUACAAGCGGCCACCGUUUGCAUUUGGCUUCACCACCACAAAGGGGCCGCAGACUACCAAGGGCCGCUGCGGUCAGGGCAAGAAGUAUGUGGUGUUUUACCUGGACCUCUCCUUCAUAUUCCUCCUAGAACUGCGGCGCUGCAGGAUGGCUGAAGGUUGUAUGAUGGCCCUGCGUUAUGGGAUGGUCUUCUUCAACCUCCUCUUUUGGCUUGGAGGAUGUGGCAUACUAGGGGUGGGAGUGUGGCUCUCAGUGACCCAGGGCAACUUUGCCACCCUGUCGGCGUCACUUCCCUCAUUGUCAGCAGCAAACCUGCUCAUCGCGUUGGGAACGAUCAUCAUGGUGAUCGGCUGCCUUGGUUGUGUGGGGGCCGUCAAAGAAAGCCGUCCUCUUCUGCUUGCUUUUUUCGUCCUUCUUCUACUCAUCUUCUUCCUGGAGAUCCUGGCCAUCAUGCUGUUCUUCAUUUACCAAGACAAGAUUGACCACUACGCCCAGAGAGAUUUGAAGAAGGGCCUGCAGCUUUUUGGCACAGAGGGCAAUGUGGGUCUGACCAAUGCCUGGAUGAUUGUUCAAACUGAUUUCCGCUGCUGCGGAGUGACCAACCACACGGACUGGUUUGAAGUCUACAACGCUUCCCGUGUGCCAGACUCCUGCUGCCUGGAGUACAGCGACAAUUGCGGGCUGGACAACCCGGGAACAUGGUGGACGGCGCCAUGCUACGAGCGGGUGAAGGACUGGCUUAAUGAGAACCUGGUUGCCCUUUGGAUCUUUGCUCUAUGCACAGCACUUACGCAGAUCUUGGGGCUGGUGUUCUCCAUGACCAUGUUCUGUCAGGCAGUCAAAGUGGAAACCUUCUACGCUUGACAGUCGACCCUGCCGUCCUUGAGCACAUCUGCAAUGUUCCUGCACUUAAGAGGGACAGAUGCAGCUUUCCUCCUCCCCAUGCAUUCUCUUCUUUCUGAUCUUUCCCCUCUGCUGACAUUUUGUCCGCAGUGUUGCCACUUCGCAUCUUAUCUCCUCACUUUCAAACAAGCACAGUCUCAGUGUUAUACUUUUUUUUAUCAUUUGCUAUGUGUCAAAUACUAAUGACUGUGAUGUGUUUUACCUAGCAGUAUAAUGAACCUGUUAUGCGGUGUAACCUUUUUAAAUGUAUUUGUUUUAAAUUAUUUUUGUUUUUAUGUGUAAUCAAGAGGAGACGGUGAAGUGCUGCGGUGCAUGCCCCCUGCGAUGGUGUGUAUUAAAUGUUUUGAUCUA